AUGUCACUCGGUUCUCUGAUUGGUCUUCCGUUCUGCCCACCUCUUGUGGAUCGAUUCGGCCGCAAGGUCGGUAUUCUUGUCGGCAGUCUCUUCCUCCUCCUCGGCGUAGGUCUUCAAGCCGGUGCCAACGGCUUCGGCAUGUUCGUCGGCGGUCGUUUCCUGCUUGGCUUCGGCAUGUGCAUCACCCUCUCAUCUGCACCGCUCCUUAUCGCCGAGAUCUCCCACCCGCAGGAUCGUGCUAUCUUGUCCACCUACAUGGGCUGCACCCUGGCGCCUCCCCUCAGCCUCCAAUGCAUCUGCACACUCAUCAUUCUCGCCUUCCUUUACUGGAUCCCUGAGUCUCCACGUUGGCUCGUCGACAAGGACCGCAACGAGGAAGCACUCGAGAUUCUUGCAUACUACCACGCGGACGGGAAUAAGGAAGACGAGUUCGUCCUUCUUGAGUACACCGAGAUCCGCACUGCUCUGGCAAUCGACAAGCAGAACAACCGCUCCUCUAAAUGGGUUGACUUCCUCAAGACACCUGGCAACCGCAAGCGUAUCGGUCUUGUCUCCGCCAUCGGCUUGUUCUCCCAGUGGUCUGGAAACGGAAUCAUGUCGUACUACCUCACCUUCGUGCUCAAGGGCGUGGGCAUCACUUCACCUCAAGAACAACUCGGUCUGAACGGUGGCAUGAAGGCCGCGGCGCUGUUCGUCAACUUCUUCUUCGCGCUCUUUGUUGACCGGUUCGGUCGGCGGCCGAUUUAUAUGAUCUCAACCGUCGGCAUGCUCUUUGCCUUCACCAUCAUUACGAUCAUCUCCGCCCGCUUCGCCAUUUCGGAGAACAACAACCUAGGCAACGGCUUGAUCACAAUGAUCUUCUCUACGACUUCUUCUACAACUUCAAGCACCUACACCACCGAAAUAAUGCCCUACGGCCUCCGCGCAAAGGGCUACGUCUGGCUCAACUUUACCGUCACCCUGGCUCUCUUCUUCAACCAGUACGCCAACGCCCCAGCCCUCGAAGCAUUGGCAUGGAAGUAUUACAUUUUCUACUGCGUCUUCCUCGUCGUCGAGGUCGUCGUCAUCUACCUGUACUUCAUCGAGACCCGCUACACCCCAAUGGAGGAAAUUGCCAAGUAUUUCGACGGCGAGGCCGGCGGCGUGCAUGAGAUCGCUGCGAUGACGAACGCGCAGCAUGAGAAGGAGUUGGCGGAGGAGGGGAAGGCAGGUCAGGGAGAGUCGGUUGUUCAGGAAGUGGAGGUGGGGUCGCCGGCGACACCGACCACGACUGCUACCAGGACGGUGUAG